AUGUUGUCUAAACUACUCCUAAUACCCAUAUUCUCAUCCCUGGCGUCUGCGAAAAAUGUAAAGUCGCCAACCCCACCAAUGGGAUGGAAUACGUACAAUGCAUAUAACUGCAAUCCCUCCGAGGACAAAGUAAAACUCAAUGCGCAAGGUCUCGUCGAUUUGGGCCUGCGAGAUCUCGGCUACACGAUUGUAACGCCAGACUGUGGAUGGAACGCACGCACACGAGAUAGCCAACAGCGCCUACAAUGGAACACGACACUCUUCCCUUCGGGCGGAAAAUCAUUGGGCGAUUAUCUGCAUGGACUGGAUUUAAAAUUCGGGCUGUAUUCGGGCGCUGGGUACUUGCAGUGCGGCUCGACGGAUUUGCCGGCUUCGCUGGGCUACGAGGAUGUCGAUGCGAAAUCGUUUUCGGACUGGGGAGGUGAUGCUUUGAAAUAUGAUAACUGCUACUCUACGUCUCGAACGACCAUGGUGGACUCCAGUUCCGCCGAAUCACAAUCACCAACUCGAUUCCAGAAGAUGGCGGGGAGCAUGGAGAAAGUGGAACGGGACAUCCAAUACUUUAUCUGCCAAUGGGGUAUAGGACAGAAUGUCGGUACUUGGGCAUCUGAAAUCGGAAACACAUGGAGAAUGAGCAACGACAUUUACAACGCCUGGCGCAGCAUUUGGCGCAUUACAAACCAGGUGGUCCCGUACUACAGACACACCCGACCAGGAGCUUUUGCGGACAUGGACAUGCUACUUGUAGGGUUGAAUGUCCUCUCAGCCGAAGAAGAGCGUUUUCAUUUUGGAAUGUGGGCGAUCAACAAGUCUCCACUCAUGAUUGGUGGCAUUCUGGAUAGCAGGUUGUCCAAGUCGUCGUUGGACAUUAUGUCCAACAAAGAAGUCAUUGCGAUCAACCAAGACCCUCUAGCAAAGCAAGCCCAGCUUGUCCGGCGUCAAACCGAGGAGGAAUAUGAUGUUUGGCUCGGCGACCUUUCCGAUUCUCGAAAGGUACUGGGUAUAGCCAACUGGAGGAAUGCGUCAAAAACAGUCGAGCUUGAUUUGAAGAGUUUCAACAUCUCAUCUGCAAACAUCAGAGACGUGUGGGCAGCCAAGGAUACCGACUCUGCGUCAGGCAUUCAGAAGGUCAAUCUUGCGGGCCAUGAAAUGAAGCUCUGGGUUCUCUCCAACAUCACUACCAACGCAGAAGGUUUCCUACCUUCGAGAUACUACGCAGCAACCAACGGAACUCUCGAAGGCUCAGCGAGCGUCGCUUCCUGUCCCUCAGGAAGCUGCUUACCGGUUCAGCGCAAAGUGGGUAAUAUCUCACAGGGCUCGAAGGUUACCAUAGGAGCAAUCUCUUCUAAGACUUCUGGAAAGAAACUUGUCGGCGUAGAUUUCAUCAACUAUGACUAUUCGUUCACAACAGCAUGGGAGUGGGGCACGAAUACACGGAACAUGACUAUUGCGGUCAACGGAGGGGCAGCUAAAAGAUGGGCGUUUCCUCUAUCGGGCGGAAACUGGUUUGAGACGGGCAAGUUGAUGACCGAGCUCGAUGGUUUCAAAGCGGGGGAUGACAACAAGAUUGUUUUCAGUGCAGUGGGUAAUACCUUUGCGCCAGAUCUCGUAGGAAUUCAGUUAUUCGAGUGA